AUGAUACUUGCAUCUGAAAUGCUUGAUAAAUUAUCUUCAAUGGUUAAAAAUCAUCACCCAAUAAGAAUUAAUAGAAUAAUAAGUUACGCAAAGGAUGUUGCACUUCAAAGAAUUACAAACAUAUCUGUUCCAUUUAAUAAGGAAGACUUGUUUAAGAUAGUACAUGGUGCAGUUAGUACAAAAAUAUGCUCAAUUCUGAAGGUUCCAAUGGCACAGAUAGCAAUAACAGCAAUUGAAUCAAUUAAUAAUGGGAUGGAAAUUGAUAUUAAAAACAAUAUUAAGAUAGAGAAGAUAAUUGGUGAUUUGAGAGAUACAAAGUGUUUAGAUGGUUUGAUGUUCAUGAAGGAUAUCUUUCAUCCAGCAAUGAGAACAAGCAUCGAGAAUCCAAAAGUUUUAUUGAUUGAUUUUCCACUUGAAUAUAAGAAAGGUGAAAGUGCUACUAAAUUGAGUUUAUUGAAAAAAGAUGACUUUACAAAGCUUUUAGAAGGGGAAGAAAAUCAAAUAAGAAGAGCAGUUGAUCAAAUUGUAAGUUUAAAUCCUGAUAUUGUAGUUACUGAAAAAGGAAUAUCUGAUAUAGCGUUAGGGUUAUUUGCAAGUAAAAAUAUUACAGCACUUCGUAGAUUUAAAAAAAUAGACGCAGCAAGACUAGCAAGGCUAUCUGGAGGAACAACAGUAAGCAGACCCGAGGAUUUACAAACAAGACAUUUAGGGUCAGUUGGUCAAUUUAGUUAUGAAUUUAUAAAUAAUGAUUGGUAUUGUAUAUUUCACAAAGUAAAAGAUCCUAAAGCAGUAACUGUGGUAAUAUCUGGGCCUUCGAAAGAUAUUAACGCAGAAUUAGAAAGAAAUUUAUUUGAUGCCUUAAAAGUAGCUAAAAAUGUAAUGAUUAAUCCAAAGUUAGUACCAGGUGGUGGUGCCAGUGAGUAUGCAGUAAUUGCAGGUCUCAGAGAAGCGUUUGCAGAUAAAGACGUUGUUCAUAAAAAGGUAUGCAAUCUUAUUUGUAGAGCACUUCAAUCAAUUCCAUCAAUAUUAGCAAAGAACUCAGGGGCUGAUAAUGUUCUUGAACUAUUACAGAAACUUGAAAAUGAACACUUAAAUCGAAAUAGUUAUAUGGGAAUUAAUGGUUUAACGGGUGAUAUAUGUGAUGUAAGGUCAAUAAUAAUGGACCCAAUUCAGGUUAAAGAACAGUGUUAUAAGAGUGCCUUUGAUAUUGUAAUUCAAUUAUUAAGAGUGGAUGGUAUUGUUGAAUGUAAAACAAAACAAUAA